UAGCUCAGCCCACAGAAACACACACUCGGCCCAUUCACUCCCUAAACCCUCGCCAAAAAUCUAUUCCUCUUCAAUUUUUCUCCUAUUCUGAUUUAUUUUCACAAACAUUUCUUUUUUAGUUUCUUUUUUCUUCCAUGUAAUCAUCAUGCCAUUUUCUGGAUAAAUUAAACUUUUCAUCAUCCCUCCCAAAUCAUUCCUCUAAUUUUCAUCAAUCCACGCUCCAAUCACAUGGAUCUGAAAGUAGAUAAGAAAGCAGAUUUUGGGGAGAAAAAUGGCAGCAUUUCUCCAUUGAAGAGCUGCAGCGGCUGUCACACUACGAGAACUCCGCUUUGGCGCGGUGGUCCAGCCGGACCAAAAUCUCUAUGCAAUGCCUGCGGGAUAAAAUACAACAAGAAGAGAAGGCAACUCUUAGGAUUGGAAACAGGGAAGCCAAACAAGAAGAAGAAGAGAACGAGCGUUGUGAGGAGCAACGAGGUUAGAGAGAAUUUGAAAAUGCGAUUCAAGAGCGAGAUUGUGUUUCAGAGAUCGGGGAAGUUGUUGAGCAAGUUGAGAGAGGAAGAGCGAGCGGCGAUACUGUUGAUGGCGCUCUCAUGUGGAUCAUCUGUCUACGCUUAGUGGAGUGGUACCUCCGCGCUCUGCGGUUGUACCCUGAUUUUCUGAAAAAAAAAAUUGGAGUCUCCUAACUUAAUGAUGUGUUAGUUUGAGGAAAAAAAAUUAGGUUUUAAUUUUAUUUUUCUUUUUAGGAUGAUUCGCUGAUGUAAUCAGUCUAAUGACUAACAAUGAUUGAUUUAGUCAUGUUUUUCCUAGUAA